AGUACAUUGUCAUAGUAAUAGUUACAGUAUUAUUUAUUAGUAGUCACUUCAGACUAUGAUUAGUUGCAUAUUAAAGAACGCAUCAUUUUUUAAAAGUCCACACUGCAAAAAAUACAGUAAGAAAAUGGCAGAUAUUCAUCAUUGUGAGAUUUGCUCUUUAGAAUUUUCUUCUAUAAAGAAAUUAUCUAAACACUGGAGAAAAAGGCACCCUGAUGUUGAAACACUACAGUGUUGUUUCUGUCAAUAUGUUACUCAGGAGGAUUUUUUGUUUUCUAAGCAUAAGGAUAACUUCCACGCUGAGGAUAGGUUGGGAUGUGAAUAUUGCGCUUACACAAGUAGGAAGUGGCGAAAAAUAAAAAAACAUCACACCAAAAUGCACUUAUCAUCAGGAGAAUCUGUCUCACCUUCAGAACUACCUCGUACGAUUCUAGAGGAAAAAGAAAAUUUAAUCCAGCCUGAAUUGACAGCUGAACCGGUUGUAAAAUUAUCAAAACAAAGAACCAAAAAACCUGCAGUUCAGACAUUUGUUUGUGAUGUUUGCCAAAAUGUGUGUUUUUCAGCGGCCCAUUUGUCAUCUCAUCAAGUAUUGCACACGCCAAUGCAAUGUUACAUUUGUAGCAACUGUAAUAGGAUCUUCAGCAGUGGUAGUGUUUAUGACAAACACAUUAAAACACAUUAUAGACCCAAACCUUUUAAAUGUGUCAAAUGUGAAAAAUAUUUUUCAAGCAGGGAUGGUCUUUACAAACACAUGAGAACACAUAAUUCUCGUCAGAGGUAUACAUGUGAUCUUUGUGAUUUCAAAUCAAUUUCAGAUACGAUGUUUGCAGCCCAUUGCAGAACUCAUUUAAUCACAAAACCCUCUGAAGCAACAAACCGAAAUGGAUCAGAAUUGUGUGAUGUAUGUCAUUAUGUGUUUAAAUCAACAGCACACUUGUCCAUGCAUCAGUUAGUACACACUCGCCUAAAAUGCUACAUUUGCAGCAUGUGUAACAGGGGAUACAACAAUGACAUGGAUUACGAUACGCACAUAAGAACACAUUUUAAAUUCAGACCGUUCCACUGUGAAAUAUGUGAAAAAUCAUAUACAAUGAGAAAGUGUCUUAAAGUUCACAUGAGGAAACAUACUGGAGAAUUCUAUUACACAUGCGACAAGUGUGACUUCACAUCGAACACAAGCAGCAGUUUUGCACAACAUAAGAAAAGACAACACUCUAGCACAAAACCUUUUAAAUGUGAUACCUGUGACUACGCAGCUGUUGGCAAAUCUUCUUUAACUAGGCAUUUAAUAACUCACACAGGGGAGAAGCCAUACUGUUGUGGUCAAUGUGAGUACAGGUGCAAUAAGCUUGGUAACUUAAACAAACACAAGAAACAAAUGCACAGCAUGUGAUCGUGUUAUAAUAUUAUGGCACGUCAAUAAUAUACAAACAUUUGUACUAAGUUUAUUUUUUAUUGAGUGCUACAUGAUGGAUUUUUUAAUCAAUAAGUUCCUGCUAAACAAUAAACUAAAUCGCCUCCAUUAAAAAACAUAAAAGACCUCUGUUAUGCAGAAAAAAGCAGGAACAUUUCUUUAGUUAUAAUUGAUUUUACUUUCUGAUUUAGUAUUUCCUUUUACAAACUGUAAAUUUUCUGCAUAUAAAUGUAUUAUCUAUUCACAUUGCCUGAUGGUUUACUAUUUAUUGUUAACCGUUAUUUUAUUAAGCAAAGAUCAAUACCUUUUUUUUAAACUAGGUUUCAAAUCUAAACUUUAAAAAAAACAACUUAAAAUAGGUUUAUUACAGAACAUUUUACAUUCAUUAAUUUAUUAUAAUGAUUUUCACAUGACAAUGU